GCUGUGCCGUAAAUGUAUGACUUCGUGCUCGUAUGGUAAUACGCUAGUAUUUAUCAGUGUAAGCAACAAUCCGGUGUGGAAGAAGAGUAAAGGGUAUGUCACUCGACUGCCAUGGCGUCGUACGAAGGUGAUGAUUUUCAAAAGACAUUAGAAUACAGAAUCUACAAGUAUUCCAGCUUCUCCUCUACCUACGUGCCUGAGAAUAUCUUAGUAGAUAAACCAUCGGAUCAAGCUUCCCGAUGGUCGUCGGACAAUGACAACCAUCCACAGUUUCUUAUCUUGAAAUUGCAAUCACCAUCUAUAGUCAAAACAAUCACAUUUGGCAAAUAUGAGAGGACUCAUGUAUGUAAUAUUAAGAAAUUUAAAGUGUACGGGGGUUUGGAACCAGAAAACAUGAUGGAACUAUUGGAAAGUGGUUUAAAAAAUGACUCUGUACCGGAAACAUUUGAUCUGAAGCAUGUUAAAGGUUCCGAAGGACAUUAUUUCCCUAUCAGAUAUAUUAAAAUUCUUCCUUUACAAUCAUGGGGGCCUAGUUUUAAUUUCUCCAUUUGGUACAUUCGUUUAUGUGGGAUGGAUAAUCCAAGAAUUGUUAAACCUAGCAUUGAAUGGAUCAAUUUGUAUCGACAUCGAGAGGUGGUAAGACUUUGCAUGAAGCAUUUCCGUCGGUUUGAACAAUUGGAGGUUGUUGAAACGCUUCAAAGGGUUACCGGAGUACCGCUCGAAGAUCCUCGGUUAUCUGGAUUGUAUGACUUACUAGUGACCAAAGGAGACUACUAUCAGGCUGAACGAUUCAUUACCAAUGCCAUUACAAUGGGCCUUUUGAACGAUUACAUCAAAGCUCAAUCCUAUCGAGCUGUGUGGACAAAAUUAUCGUCAGAAAGUCCAAAGCCUGGAAUGCGAGGUGGUCAUCAAAUGGUGUUGGAUCCAACAGCUGAGAUACUAUACCUUUUCGGUGGUUGGGAUGGAAAUCAAGAUCUAGCUGAUUUAUGGGCAUAUAAUAUACGUACACAUAAGUGGACGCUAAUUUGUCCAGACACUGAAGUUGUGGGCGGGCCCAGUGCAAGAUCCUGUCACAAAGUGUGUCUUGAUCCUGAGAGGCGUCAGCUGUUCACUCUUGGUCGUUAUCUGGACACGGAAUACCGGUCUCCAGAUAAUUUAAAAAGUGAUUUUUAUGUCUACGAUAUCGAAUCGAAUAAGUGGACGCAAAUAUCCGAAGACACAGAAGCGGUGGGAGGUCCUCAACUAAUAUUCGACCAACAGAUGUGUAUGGAUGUUGAGAAACGAACAAUUUAUGUUUUUGGUGGUCGAGUCCUCGUACCUCCAGCAGGCUCGGAAGAUCAUGGAGGUAUCGUGUCUUCGACGGAACCCAUAUUCUCUGGACUAUACUCUUAUCAUGUCCCGACAGGAACUUGGACUAGAUUAGCAUGCGACAUAGCAAGACCAAGUCCGCCGACUAUGCCUACUAUUAGAUCAAGAGUUGGACAUUCCAUGUUAUUUCAUCCGGGUUCAAGAAAACUGUAUAUUUUUGCUGGUCAAAGGAACAAGGAAUAUCUCAAUGACUUUUUUACGUACGAGGUCGAUGCACAGCUUUUGGAGCAUAUAAACUUAAGUGACUUUGGUAGCAGAGAAUCCAGCCUUAUUCCUGCAGCUGGGUUCACGCAAAGGGCGACGAUCGAUCCGGAAUUGGAAGAAAUUUACGUUCUUUCUGAAACACAUAUUUCUAUACAGGGAUUGAGCAAGGACAAGGAUAAGAGAUACGACAACGUUCAAAAUUCAUUUUGGAUUUAUAGUAUUAAAAGUAACAAAUGGACGUGUAUUUAUCGUAAUGAGAACGUCGGUGAAAAGUAUUGGAGUAAAAUGCAAGAUUACGAACCUUGUCCUAGAUUUGCGCACCAGUUGGUCUACGAUCACGUGAAGAAGGUACAUUAUUUAUUUGGAGGAAACCCAGGGAGAUCAUGUUUGCCGAAACUGAGGCUCGACGAUUUUUGGCAGCUGAGAUUGUGCAGACCCCCCCACGAACAAAUCCUCAGAAAAUGUCAGCUCAUUAUUCGAAAACAUAAAUUCGAAGAACUAGCAUCAAAGAACAGCGUCGAGGCUCUUGAAUAUCUGCAAACGAAGAUUUCAGAGAUUAUUGACCAUAACGACGUUGAACAAACAAAAGAGUUUCAGUCUCUAACAUCCGUUCUUUUUCGGGAGCAAGACAGAAUGAUGGAGAACCUCAGCUAUAACGACGAUUUUCGUGCGAGUUUAAACUGUUUCCCCGGUGACAAUACUCAACAGAGUUUAACGGCUCGAGAUAUCCACAUUCGUAGAACCGAGUUAUACGACAAACUGACAGAAUUCUUCCCGGAAUCCUUGACACAACCUCGGGUUAAUCUUAUUGACCUUUUACCCUUAUGAUAGGCAUCAUUUUAAAGGAAUCCUGUCAAUAAUAUACUCAAACCUCCCGUUGUAAACAUUUUCUUUUCUCUUUCCAACAUUGGGACAAUUGAUUUUUUCCAUCUUUGAAAUCGGCUUGCGAGCAGUACAAAUUAGGAGUCAAGUUUUCUUACGUUUUCCUUAAAAUCCCUUUGAGGUAAAAUCCUAACUAACCCACGGAUAUGGAAAUGCGCCAUUUAUUAAACCUUAGGACGUUCAUUUGCACCUUUACCGUAUCAGUGUAUCAUUAGUUAUUUUUUUUCCCUUCUUACGACUGACACGUAAGGUAUCAUUUCUUCAAGCGAACGUCAGUCGGUGACUAAAAAUGUCUUGUAGUCAGUUGUUACAUGUUGCACGAUACUCGAUGAACUUGGUCGUGCAAUACGCUGAAAGGGAAACGGUAUUUAAUUAUUGAAUCAAUUUUAAUCUCAUGAUAGGGAUUCGUUUCCACGGUGCUGCUGCAAAAACAUUUCAAACGGUCGAUCGUUUUUAGAAGUCUUCCUAAAUGUAACGCAUCAUUGUCUUACCUUCCGCUUCUUCCUCUCGAAACACGAUGAUCUUAUUUGUUAACGGUUUUGACAUUUCCCAGUUAGUCUCAAUUAAUCCAAACGUUGAAUGGUGACGACAUGACUGCUUUCUUCUCGAACUUCAGUUAUGUUACAACGAAGUCGUUCCGUAAUGUGUUUCCUUAUUUUCCGGAGGUAAUGUAAUACUUUAUGGUUAUUGCCGAUGUAAUUUCAAUUAGGGUAUACUUUACAUCUUCCGAGUCGCCAAGUCACGGAAACCUAGGACUACCUAAACAUCCUUUUAAAGCGCUAUGAUAUAUGAGUGCAUCGUUCUUAGUGCGUAUUCGGUAAUAAUUACCACGUGAUUAAUUAUGUCUGUGUAAUGAUCCGUAAGAUAUCCAAAAAGUGAAAGAUUAGAUUCUAGUCUUGUAAAUAAUGUUGUAUGAGUGAUCAAUGACGAGGUCCAUGAGGACCGGCGUGAAAUUGUAUAAUGAUGAUGUCUAAGAGGACUGACGCAGGUUAGAGGAGCAGCUCUUCGUUAGAUUAGAUUAUUCGAAAAAUGGAUUAUUGAUUGUGUUCCGUUAUUUCAUCGCUUUAAGUCUGGUCGAUUGAGCGUUGUUCCUUGAUUGAUUGAGAAAGGCGAGGCUUUUUAUAUAAAUGAUUCUCUUUGUCUAGAAACCUAGUACAAAAGGAAAUAUUUUUUGAACAUCCGAUUCUCAUGCAGUCCUCGAUUAGUCGACGAACAAAAUAAUCAGCCCGGUAUACAAAGUAUGAGAGGAGGUUUUUUGAAGUAUCUUAUAAAUUUUUGUUUCAUUAGGAAAAUUGUAUAUAAAUAUAAAAGUCCAUGAUCUUUACAUUUGUUAUAUCUUUAUACUUAGUGUUUUCCAAAUUUCAUUCGUGUUGAUUUGAACGGAUACCAAAAAACCACUCGCGAAGGCUGAUGAAAUGAUUGUGUAAUUAAAAUGACAGACUUGUCUUUCCCAGAGGGUAACUAAUGCGAUGAAAUUUUUAAAUGUAAUUAUACUUUACUAUUAUAAUAGUUUAUCCUUCUAUUUUGUAAGCACGUCGGGUAGGAGGACGAACGGCGUUUUGGUGUAAAUGAUGUUACUCGAAAUAGUUUGACUUAUGAGACGUUAAAUUGAAGCGGUUGGUUUAACGAACACUUCAGGUCUUCUUUAUUGAAAGUGAAAUUGUAUCGACGCUAUUAAUGUUUGUUUAAUAUUGUGGAGAGAACUAUAUGACAAUUGUGACGAAAGAAUAUAGAAUAUUAUCUUCCGGUA